UUAUUUAAAAAUAAAUUUAAAAGUGAAAAAUUUGUGUUAAAAAUGUCUCAAAUAACAAUGACUGGAUCAAUUGUCAUUGAAACAACAAAAAUGAUGGGAACAAUUGUCAUUGGAACAACAACAUAUUUUUUAAUAUUUGCAUCAUUAAUUGCAUUAUUAUUAUUAUUUAUUGAUCAUAAUAAAAAUAAAAAUAAAAACUUGACAAAUUCAUUGAUAAUUGAUAGUAAUAAUAAUGUCGAUGAUGAUGAUGAUGAUGAUGUUGUAAUGAAAAAUGAGAUGUUACCUGAACCACCUGGACCAAAACCAUGGCCAAUAAUUGGAUCACUUGAUAUACUUGGAAGAUAUGAUGUACCAUACAAAGCAUUUGGUGAACUUGCUAAAGAAUACAAUUGUCAAAUAAUUAAAUUAAAACUAGGAUCAGUACCAUGUGUUGUUGUCAAUGGUCUUGAUAAUAUUAAAGAAAUUCUUAUAACAAAAGGACCACAUUUUGAUUCACGACCAAAUUUCGUACGUUAUAAUUUAUUAUUUAGUGGUGAUAAAGAAAAUUCAUUAGCAUUUAGUGACUGGUCAGAAAUGCAAAAAACACGUCGUGAAACAUUGCGAAUUCAUGCAUUUCCACGUGCAUUUACUAAAAAAUAUCAUCAAUUAAAUGGAAUAAUAACAAAUGAAAUUGAUACAUUAUUAAAUUAUAUUGAUAUUAAAAAUACUCAUAGAAUAACAACAAAAACAAUGAUAUUACAAACAUGUGCAAAUAUAUUUACAAAUUAUUUUACAUCAAAAACAUUUGAAUUUCAUGAUAAAGAAUUUCAAAAAAUUGUUAUUAAUUUUGAUAAAAUUUUUUGGGAAGUUAAUCAGGGUUAUGCUGCUGAUUUUAUGCCAUUUUUAAUGCCAUUACAUAAAUUAAAUAUGAAAAGAAUGGCAAAUUGGACACAUGAAAUACGUGAAUUUGUUGAAAAUAAUAUAAUAAAUACAAGAAAAAAUAAUUGGACAGAUGUUAUUGAUGAAAAUGAUUAUGUUGAUUGUCUUAUUAAUCAUGUUAAUACAAAUACUCAACCAAUUAUGUCAUGGGAUACAGCAUUAUUUUCACUUGAAGAUAUACUUGGUGGUCAUGCUGCUGUUGGUAAUUUUUUAAUGAAAAUAUUUGGAUAUUUAGCAACAAGAAAAAACGUACAAAUAAAAGCACAAAUCGAAAUUGAUGCUGUUGAUAUUUCUGGUAGAAAUGUUGGAUUAGAACAUCGUAAAUCAAUGCCUUAUACUGAAGCAAUACUUUUAGAAACAAUUAGAAUUAUUGCCAGUCCAAUUGUACCACAUGUUGCAAGUCGUGAUAGUUCUGUUGCUGGUUACAAAAUUGAAAAAGAUACAUUUAUUUUUCUUAAUAAUUAUGAAUUAAAUAUGUCAGAGGAUUUAUGGAAAUCACCAGGUGAAUUUAUACCAGAUAGAUUUGUCGUUAAUGGAAAAAUAUUAAAGCCAGAAUUUUUUAUUCCAUUUGGAGGUGGAAGAAGAUCUUGCAUGGGUUAUAAAUUAGUACAAUAUUUAAGUUUUUCAAUUUUAGCUAGUGUUUUAAAAAAUUAUACAAUUAUGCCAAUUAAAGGACAAAGCUAUAAUGUACCAAUUGGAAAUCUUGCUCUGCCUCAAACGACAUUUGAUUUUGAAUUUAUCAAACGAUAAAUUAUUUAUAGACUAAUUUUUU